AUUUAUUUAUUUUUAAUUUUAAUUAUUUUAAUAAUGUUAUUAACUAUAUUCAUAAUAAUAAAUUUUAAAAAUUUAGAGAGAAAAGAAAAAAAUUCCCCUUUUGAGUGUGGGUUCGACCCCUUUUCUUUGUCACGUGUGCCUUUUUCUCUUAAGUUUUUCUUAAUCGGUAUUAUUUUUUUAGUCUUUGAUAUUGAAAUUGAUAUUAUUAUUCCCUUUCCUUUAUUAGCAAUAAAUAAAAAUUUAAUUUUUACUUUAUCAUUUUUAAUAAUUAAUUUAUUAAUUUUAUUGGGAUUAUUAUAUGAAUAUAAAUUUAGAAUGUUAGAUUGACUUAAAUAA